UCCCACUAGUUUAGAACGCCUCGUCAUUUCGGAUCUCUGAAGUUCUGUUAGAGUUUCGGGAUGGUGAAAUAACAGAGAAUUGUUAAAGCUGCGUUUAAAUGGCGGCUAAAUUUAGGCCGACGAAUGUCUUUAGGGGCCGAGGGCUAUUGGCUAGAUGGCUUCACUCGCAAAGUGCGCAUAACCUUCGAGCUGAAAACUCUUCUAAGUUGUCAGCAUACGUGUGGGGUGCUGGAGAUGGUGGACAAUUAGGGACAAGCACAGAUGCUGUAAACACUACUCCACAACACUUUCCCGUCCAUACAAAGGUUUCUAACAUCGGCUGUGGUCAUGGUUUUACUGCUGUUUCGGAGGCUUCUAAUUGUAAGCUAUGGGUCAGUGGUCUGAAUGUGUUCUCGUUAUUUGGUGGAGAGUUGCCCUGGAGUCAAGAUGCUGCUAGCAUACCACGAUCAAUUGACUUGCCAGUGUUUUGCGAAAAGACAAGAAUAACUCAGAUUGCUUGUGGCAGAUCUCAUGCACUAGUCCUAACAGACAGUGAAGGAGUGUUUGUAAUAGGAGGUAACAGUCAAGGUCAGUGUGGUUUUGGUGGAGUUACAGACAAAGUCAAGUCCUUUCAGCACCUCCCUUUGCCAGAUGCGACUGGUGCUAUUGUAAAAGUAGUUUGCGGCAUGGACCAUAGCCUGCUGCUGUCUUGUGAUGGCAAGGUUUUCUCAUGCGGAUGGGGUGCUGAUGGUCAGACAGGUCUUGGCUUUUUUGAUGAUGCUGUUAAGGUAUCACAGCUAGAGGGUGAGCUGUCAGGAGUCAAAAUAAAGGAUAUUUCCUCUGCAGUGGAUUGCUGUCUUGCUGUCUCAGAGGAUGGAGAUGUUUUCUCAUGGGGGAAUUCUGAGUAUGCUCAAAUUGGACUGAUGUCAGAUGAGAAACAGAUUGCCACCCCACGGAGAGCACCAUUGUUGGAGGGCCUUGGGAAAGUCUCUAAAGUGGCAGCAGCAGGAUCAUUUUCAGUUAUGCUACUUGAGGAUGGCUCGAUGUACAGUUGGGGGUAUGGUGUGCUUGGUCACGGCAGUGACGUCACAUUCUCUAAAGAGCCAAUCAGAAUCCAGGCUGUGGAUGAUGUCAGUGAAAGGAUUACUGAGUUAUACUGUGGUCUAGACCAUGCGGCCUUUACAACAGAGAGUGGAAAGCUGUUUGUUUGGGGCCGUGGAGGAUUUGGGAGACUGGGACUUGGAAGCGACGAAGAUCAGUGGAGCCCAAAGCAGGUCGAACUACAUGGAGCUGUAAAAGAUGUGAGCUGUGGCGUAGACCACAUGGGGGUCAUAGUGCAAGAGUCUUCAUGAACACCACGUGCAAAUCACGAUAUGAGAUCAUGUGAUACCCGAAGCCUCGUCCCUAACAGCAUCUGCUCCGUAGACUGUAAGCUACUCACGGUCAGCUCAAUUAAAAUGGCGGGCCUUCUUGGAGUGACGUCAUAAAAAAGAUGGCCGCGCAGCCUAGAUACGCCUAAGGACGAGGCUAUGAUAUUCCCCGCAUAAUGUCAAUCACAUGGUGCGACGCAACAAAGCUGUUGCUGAAGUUUCCAAGAAUCCUCGAAGCGUUUUCAUUGUCUAGCAUCGAAAUGGUAAAAUUACGCCGCCUCUACACAAGGCGCUGAAAGGAUUAAAUGUAAUUACGUACAGUGAUUUGAAUGAAGCCAGGAGUGGUUAAGCAUUUUCGGGAAUUAUUGACAAUAGUUUUAGAAUAUUGUAAGUUGAAGUACACCGCUUAGGAAUUGAUGUAGAUGUAACUUUUUGGAAGUAGUGUAACGCGGGGUGUUAACGUUACCUUUUAGCUCAUGCAGACAAAUGGCAUCCUCGGGGACCCAGGGCGCGCGAGAAAGAAUAGGAGUAAAUGAAGUCAGCGGCGUAGCCAUGAUUUUGAACAUCAUACUUUGUGAUUUUCUAGGAAGUCAGGGUUAGAGCCAAAAAUAACAGUUUCAAUAGCAAUAUUAAUAACCACGCUAGAAACUUUGACGGUCACAAUAGCAACAAUGAUCACUAUAGCAACAGUGAUGAUUACUAUAGCAACAAUGAUCACUAUAGCAACAGUGAUGAUUACUAUGGCAACAGUAGUACAUAUAACAAUAACAAAUGAGGUACACGUAAGAAUUUUUUUAAUUAAAAGUAGUUUGUAUAAUCCAGAACAUUAAAAUCGAUAUAUUAUAUAUCAGGAUGUAUUUAUUUAAGGUAGAAGACUGUUAAAGUUGCUUCAUUAAAAUAAGAAACUAGUUUGCAAAUUGGAA